AGCAAACGACAAAUUGCAUUUCUCCCACUUUCCCCAUUUUUCACCAUCAUUUCAUGCCAAACAGUUCACCAAACAUCUUCCUUACCUUACUCCCUCUUCUCCAUCUCUAUAAAAUCAGCCCCAUUCCACCUAAACACAGUACUACACGAAACAGAGACACCCAAAAAUGGAUCAUACAAAGCCAAUUCUUUGCGUUCUUGACGCUUCCUCUUACGUGGGCUUUUGGGUCACCAAAGAAUUGCUAAACAAAGGAUACCCAGUUCAUGCAGCCGUCCAAAACAAUGGAAAGCCAGAGAUUGAGAGGACUAUUAGAGAGAUGGGUAAAAUGAAGAAUGGGCUGGUGUUUUUUUCUGUGGAUAUCAUGGACUACCAGAGCAUUCUUGUUGCUUUGAAAGGAUGCUCUGGUUUGUUCUGCUGUAUGGACACUCCCCAUGUGUUUGAUGAAAAAAUGGUAGAUUUGGAAGUUAGAGGGACAAUUAAUGUUGUGGAGGCUUGUGCUCAGACAGAUACUGUUAAUAAGAUUGUCUUCACUUCUUCCUUAACUGCUGCUGUGUGGAGAGAGAAUAUCCUCUCUGAGAAAGAUGUGGAUGAAAGAUGUUGGAGUGAUAAAGAAUUUUGCAGGAAAAUGAAGUUAUGGUACCCUUUAGCAAAGACACUCUCUGAACAAGCUGCUUGGGCUUUAGCAGUGGACCGUAAGCUAAAAAUGGUGUCAAUUAACGCAGGGCUUGUUCUUGGACCGGCUGUUGCAGAGGAAAAUUCAGGGUCAACAAUCUCAUAUCUUAAAGGAGCUGCUCAGAUGUAUGAAAAUGGGGUGCUGGCAGUGGUUGAUGUGAAAUUUUUGGUGGAUGUUCAUAUUCGAGCAAUGGAAGAUUCGUCCACGGGUGGUCGAUAUUUCUGCUUUGAUCAGAUAGUGAAUAGUGAGGAAGAAACUGUUAAACUUGCGAAUAUAUUGAGGCCAUUGAUAUCUCUUCCACAAAGGUACGAAGUUCAAGGAAGGGAAGCUUUUGCUGAGAGACUCAGAACCAGGAGAUUGCACAAAUUGAUCGAGGGCACGGCUUAAUACUAAAUUUUAAAUUUUAAAUAAAUAAAUACAUAAAUGGAACUUUUUCUUUUCCCUUUUGGUAUGUAUCUAUUUUAGCCCUUAAUUAAUGGAAAAACUAAUAUUUAGCGUGCA